AUGCAACCAAAUCCUCAAAGAUAUUCCGAGAACAUUCGGAGGCGAGGUUGGGCGGCGCAGCAUCUAGUCUUUCAUUGGUUUCGGGAGAAGAAGCACCAGGCUCAGGAGCGAAACUUGCGAUCUCAGGAGAUGGAGGGACGUUGGGAGGAAGUCUCGCUUGAGCCAGCGGCAAGGCAUCGCGAAAGAAGUGCCCUCGUAAGACAGGAGGUCAACUUCCUACGAUCUUUACGAUCACGAGAAGGGGUUGAGGACUUCACCACGCUCCGCGUGAUCGGGAAGGGGGGGUUUGGAGAAAUCCGAUUAGUGAGACGCCAGAAAGACGGACAGUGCUACGCUCUAAAAUCCCUGGUAAAGUCGGAGAUGUUCAGGAUGAAACAGCUUGCUCACGUGUGGGCCGAACGUGAUCUGUUGGCAGACUGUAGAUAUAGUCCCUGGCUGGUCAAACUACAUGCCGCCUUUCAAGAUCAUACAUUCCUCCAUAUGUUGAUGGAGUUUGUGCCCGGAGGUGAUUUGAUGACUCUCUUGAUGAAGUAUGAAUUCUUCUCCGAGGAGGUUACACGUUUUUACGUCGCCGAGAUCGUGAUGGCUGUCGAGACCGUUCACGGCCUUGGCUUCUACCACCGUGAUAUCAAGCCAGACAAUAUUCUCCUGGACCGAAAGGGACACGUUAAGCUGGCCGACUUCGGUCUGUCGACAGGUGGCCGCCCACACCACAGCAAUACCUAUUAUCAAGCCCUACUCCCACACGAUGGGCGACAGCAAGUAUCAGAGGCUACCUUAGCCACAUCACCCACGGAAGAAAUCCGCCUGAGCUUCAGUGUUCCAAGACCGGCGGAUGGUGAACACCGUUCACGCCGCCGCUUGGUGUAUUCCACCGUCGGCACGCUCGACUAUGUGGCCCCGGAGGUAUUACUGGGCCGGGGUUAUACUCACCUCUGCGACUGGUGGGGCGUGGGCGUGGUAAUGUUUGAAUGUCUGUUAGGCUACGGCCCUUUUCGCUGUAAGGACUAUGACGGGACUGCUCGAAACAUCGUGCACUGGCAGAGAUCCUUGGGCUUCCCCCGCGAACGCCAGGUCGGGCGUCAGGCCGAAGAUCUCAUACGCAGUCUCUUAUGCGACGCGGCCGAUCGACUAGGUCAGGACAGCGACUCGGCGACGGGGGCUUUUUCUGUCAAACGGCAUCCCUUUCUACGAACGGUCGUCUGGGAUCGCCUGCGGCAAAUACAGGCACCCUUCGAGCCCACGCUCGCGUCUUCCGCCGAUACGCAAUACUUCCCCAUGGACGAAAUCUCCCAAUCAAGCCAAUUCACGUCACACGGAGAACCGGCUGAGCAGACGGCCCUUGCAAACGAAACGGAAAGGAGUUUAGCCUUUAUAGGAUACACUUACAAGUCUUUCACAGCAUUUCAAGAUGUGUAA